CAAGCCUCCUCAGCUUCUGCCCAAACUUGAAAAGGCUUGCUCCCAUCAAAGAGACGCCGGAAACAACUCAUCUCAGUGACAUGUUUUUUAUUUCUCUUCUCUUUUGUCUUUAGAUCUCAUACAGGACCACCAUGAUUUUAUAUUAAGUGGUCACAGUAGACAGAGUCACCAAGCAGGUUGAAAACCAGUGGUGUCUCUGCAGGAGCUUGAAGCUGAGUUCUUUGUUUGAAGGGUACAUACUGAACACAGGUGUGCCCGGUUACUUUAUAAGCUCCUGAAGGCCUGAAUGAGAGAGAUGGGUGCGCUUGAUUUUCUGUGAGGCGUGUGCCAGUUGGGUGGAGRUGGUAAUGCACUCAAAUACAUCAAUCGCUGUUUAACUUAACAAUCAUCGCCCCGUCUUUUGGGAUCUGGAUGUUCUACACUCCUUCUGCUGCCAACCCCAGGGAGGGCGGAGGGGGGGAGGAAGCCACCUGUGUAUUUUAACCCUAGAGACGUCCCUGGAUACAGAGACACACGGAUAGCAGAGUGCUAAUCUCAUGUGACAUCAUAAAAAAAGACCCGACUUCAUUGGCAAAUGGGCAUCUGUUGGGACUGUUUCCAAAGGAAGGAAGCAAGCAUUCUGACCAGAAGGGAAGGGGGGAGGGGAGGGGGGUGAAGUUCCGGGUCUUCCCUCGGAUCAGCCUUCAAAUCCUCUUCUCCGCUUGUGUUAACUGACUGGCAGUGAUCUCAAUCGGCUCACAGAUAGCGACGGCGCUCCUUUCAGCGUUUCAUAGGCGCUUUCUCUCUCUCUCUCUCUCUCUCUCUCUCUCUCUCUCUCUCUCUCUCUCUCUCUCUCUGCGUGAGUGUGUGGGAGGGACUAAAGGAAAGCUCCCCUCAGCCACAGUAUCGUGCAUUAGAAGGAGGAGGGGAAAUGGGGGGGAACUCAAAGCACACUCGCCGAUAAGGUUUCUUUUUUUCCUCCCCCUAAUCUCUCCUCCUGGUCCUGUGGCUGGAAGAAGAAGAAGAAGGAGGAGGAGGAGGAGGAGAUCGGGAUGCUGAGGUAGCGCGGGAUGCUGCGGAGUGGAGACGCCGUGGGAGGAAGUCUCAGAGAGAAACACGAAUGGCUUCCCCGAAGCUGCUUCCCGCAAAGGAAGCAGGCAAGCAGUCCGAGCUGAACCCAGAAGCAUUCGACCGGGUUUCCGGUGUACAGCACGCCCGGAAGUCGGCCGGAUCAACAGGAGAGGGGGUCGCCGGGGAGGGCGGCUGCGCCCCCGCCCGCGGCAGCGGCAGCCGCGGCCGGUGCCUUUCAGCACCGAGGACAGCGCAGCGCAGGGCGGGCGCGGAGGGGAAGCUCUGCCCUCCCCCCGGCGGCGAGGAGAAGCUCCGGGUUUGCUGCGACGAGGAAUUGGAGACCUCCUUCACCUUCAUCGACGAGAACGUCAACUUGCGACUGGCCAGCCCGGAGACCGGCUGCAAAACUUCGCACAGGCCCGUCCGCAACGGCGAGCCUUGCUCCGAGACUCUGCCGGAGCUCUCGUUCAUGUCGGAGGACGACCUCUCCUUCGGCGAAGGCUCCGGGAGCUCCGUGGACUACGGCUUCAUCAGCGCGGUCACGUUCCUGGUGACGGGGAUCUCCCUGGUGAUCAUCUCCUACGCCGUGCCGCGGGACGUGGAGGUGGACCGCGACAGCGUGUCGGCGCGGGAGAUGGAGCGGCUGGAGAUGGAGAGCGCCCGUAUAGGCGCCCACCUGGACCGCUGCGUGAUCGCGGGACUCUGCCUGCUGACGCUGGGCGGCGUCGUGCUCUCCACGCUGCUCAUGAUCUCCAUGUGGAAGGGGGAGAUGUACAGGAGGAAGCUCGUGGCCUACUCCAAGCGCUCGGCCAAACUGUACGGCUCCAUCAGCCUGAAGACGAGAUCCAGCCCCAGCCACUCCUCUGCCCGCUUGUCCCUGGAGGAGGAGAUGGUGGAAACUUUGGCUUAAGCCGCCGCUCCGCAUAGAAACGUUUGUUUUGAACAAGGAUUAACGUCAGCCACGCACAUUUUAUAACCGCUGAACUAACUAUUACAUGCAAAACCCUACAAUGGUAGGGAAUGGGCUGAAUGUAGGUCCUAGAUGUGUUGUAGUUUGAAUCUAUGUUCAAACUAGGGUAAUUUGAACAUUGGGUUCAAACUACCCUGUGUUUGAACCCAAUGGUUCUAGUGAUGAGUUUUUUUGCUCAUCACUUUUACAAAAUCAGCCAGGAGCAAAAUGAACGUGGUCCACAUGGAUGAUAGCUGGAGAAUUACCACAGCUAACAUGUACUUUUCUGCCAAUUUUUGGGCCUAUAUCGGUUCCACAUUUAAGACAGACCAUAAAAUGAGCUGUUGAUUAGGGUUUCCAUGCCAACAGGGGCGAUCCCAAGAGCACUAGACCUAUGGUAAAUUACCCCCAAUCAGCAGGUAUAUGGGCCAAUCAUGGACUUUGCCCAGGCUGGAUGGGCGCUAAGUAGGCAUGGCUUCUUCUGGAGGAUCCAAAUGGGUCAACUUGAUAACUGAUGCCAGCAAAACAGCUCUCAUAAAAAAAAAAAGAAUUUGACUUUUAUUAUUAUUGAUUUUUUUAAACAAGUCAAAUUCUAGUCAACACUUCCAGGGCCAUGUGGAUCCUACUUUGUGUCCAGAGUUGAUACUGUAUAGGUAAUGAAGAUGAAUCCACUAUGUAAACCAGGGACUGUCCCAAUAAAAGCCAUUUUGUCAGCCCAUUUCCUACCUUUAGGGUCCCAUAUGUAAACCAAGUGAACUAGGCCCCAGCCAGCCUCAACGAACACUUCAAUUCAUUGAGGAAAAAAAAAAAAAA